AAAAAUUAGAAGUGUUUUUCAGUGUACUACACUAUCCUUCUGGAGAGCAACUACUCUGUAAUUCUCAUCCUCACUAUAUACCAAACCGUCCAAGGCCAAUCAACACAGGCGUUGGCGCAUUUUUGAAACUCCGCAGAGUUUGCCCAAGUCGCGAAAAGUUGUGCAUGAUUGCUGGCGCCUGACAAAAGUCACAACAGCGACAAGGGCCAACGUCCAAUGGGGGCGAGGAUGGCGGGGGCCGCCCAGGGGCCGGGAAGCAUUUUUGCAGCGGAGGGGUUGCUUCUCUUCUGCGAGUGGUUUGGCUGGUUUGACUGGUUUGACUGGUUUGACUGGUGGACGUGACCGGUUGCAGAAGAGAGGGAGGAAGGAAUCAAGAGGAGUCAGCGAGCGGAGUCGUCGAGGAAACACGGUUGACGGUUGACGGUUGACGGUUGACCCUUGACGCUGUGGUUGCCAGGGGGCGGUUAUCUUAGCGGGUCCCACUACCCAGAACUGAGAGCUGGCAUUGGCUGCUGGCAUUUGGCUGGUAGGCUGCGAUGGAAUGGUUGCUGCCCUGCCAAGAGGCCAAGAGGUUCCAUGGUGAGGAUAAUGUUUGAUUUGAACCUUUGGGGAGUUUCGACUUUCGACUGGCAUAUGUCAGUGAUAUGCUUCACUCCUGUGUGGGAUAGCGGCGCGCCCAGAAUCUAAUAAGUGCUAACCCCGCGCGCGCCCAUCAGCAACGAGUCAACGCAAGUUAGUAGUAGCCAGAUGAUCCAUGCCAGAUCCACGCCUUGUCGCUGUCGCCCGUAACUAACUCAGUCAAACCCAAACCCCUUUCGCUCCCUCCCACUCAUUCCCACGGGCCAGCACUACUACACUACUACUCUACUCUACUCCUGGGUUUCAGCAGCAAGUGGUGCGCUUCCUCCUCCUCCUCCUCCUCCUCCUCCUUCUAUCUGUCGUUUCUUCAAUAAUCACCUUCCUUCGUCGUCAUUUUCUGUCCUCUCUCUCAUAUCCACACUCUCUUACUCUUCUCAUGCUGUACAUUUUGUGGAAUAUUUGACUUCACUCUCCUUAUCUUCGCUUCUUCUUCUCACAUUCCUUCUUUCUCUGGUCGUCGUGCGUCCUGGUUGUCGCCCACUCCUUUUUCUACCCACCUCUUUCCCCCUUCUCCCCCUCCCUUCUUUGGCCAACUGCGCGCUUCUUCCUCGUGCAUCAGCCAAAACCAACAAAACUUGCAGAGCAUCAACCCUCCUCCUCCUCCUCCCCCCCCCCUUUCCAUUCAUUAUUCUUUGAUUCAUAUCUCUUCCAACUCUCUGCGCCGCUGUUGCUUUCAGCUCUUUACAUUGACCCAACUAUCCCUCCUUUCAAACCAGCAGCUGGACUACGCUCUUCUGCCUCUUCCGGCAAAAUACACACAAGUACCUAGUGUACCCCAUUUCCAGGAAACAUAUAGCGCCUCGUGGAUCAAUCGACUUCUUAGUUAUUUUUUUUUUUUGCCAAACCCGAAACCCGAAACCCGCUUGCGUCGUGGUUUGGGGCUUAUAUACCCCUUGAUUUUUUAGUUUUUCAGUUCUUUUCUACUUGUAUUUGUUGUUUCGGUUUACAUUUAUCCUUCUUUUUAUCCGACGGUUACGUCCACCGGCGUGUGUGGGGGAUCGAUAACUCCUGACAUCUAAAAAGGGAAGCGCAAACCCUCCCAUCGCAUAGGUGGUUUGUCGUUCUCACUGCGACAUACAAUUACAUCCACCAAAACCACCGAACUCCUCAAAAUAGGCCCCGAUUUGUCUUUUAACAGAUCAGAGAAGUUGCUCAUGGCGACCUCCACUAUGUCCAGCUCACUGAGCAGAGCGUUUACCAAGCGCCAGCAGAAGCCAGUCGUUGUUUCCGCACCCAUGCCAUAUCGCGAAGGCCAACAGAAAUUCGCUGCGGGAACAAUCAAACGAAAGGAUAUCUCUUUGCCAGUGCGAUUGUUGUCAACCACAAACCUCCUCGCAUACAAUGCCCCUGAUCUCCCCAAAGCUAAAUCUAAAAUCAAUAAAUCCCAGCCAUCGCCAGAAUUAAAAAAAUCCUCCGCAUCACAAGCCAAUUCGUCGUCCUCCUCCUUCCGCUCCGGUUCGGACUCAGAUAUUACAAACCCAUCUUCUGCAUCUUCAUCCUCGUCUUCUAUUCCCUCGCCUUCGCAACGCUCCGGCACCCCAAUCACCUCUCCAGACCUGUCGACCGAAGAAGCUUCACCCAUCACACCAGAACCGAAUCAUCUCUCUGGUUUCUUCGACUCUCCCAAGCGUUCCAACUCAACACACCACUACACCCGCUCCUCAACCUCCUCUUCCAUCUCCCAAACCCCAAAGCUCCCCCAUCGAUCACUAUCGCAUACAAAAAAAUCUCAUCAGGAAUUAGCUCGCCAGAGAUCAAUAUCUAAAGACUCAACCACCUCCCUCACCCACUCCCAGUCCGUAUCGAACUCCCACUCCCACUCUCUCAGUCGCAGCCACAGCACCCAAAGCAGUACCCGCUCCUCCCGCCUCAGCCAAGAACGACUCCACCAGGUCCCCGAAGACUCCGCACCCAACUCCAUCUCCACCACUCAACAACCACACCCUUUCGGCAAGGAGCUGGAGCAGGUCAAUGAGGUCGCAGAGGAAUUUGCUACAGUGCGGAACGCUGUGAUUGUGGAGGAGGAGCAGACGCUGGUGCAGAAGGGAUUGUAUAAAUUUGCGGUGGAGGACUAUAUCAUGGAGAUUGAAGGGCUGUAUCGGAGUACUUUUGAUGAUGUGGUUGGGUAUAGCAGUGGUGGGAAGGGAUAUGGUGGUGAUAGUGAGAGACUGGUUCGCGGGAAUGCGUGGAUAUAGGAACACACGAAGAGAAAUUUUUUUUUCUAGAGGAGGAAUAUGCUGCUUUCAUUUCCUCUUCUGCUUAUGAUUGACCGCUUGAUGGACGUUUUUUCUUUUCUUUUUCUUUUUUUCUUUUUUCUGUUGUUGACUGUGUUCUGCCAUAUUUCUCUUGCCGAGCGUUUUCCGCCCAUCCCAUCCUCCUUCUCCCCCGUCAUCUGGUUGCCCUUCGUUUUUAAACCAGCUGGCUUUUUAUUUUAUCUAACCUACUUAUCUAUGUAUCUUGAUCUGAUUCCAUUUGACCGAUCAAUUGACCGAUCAAUUGACCGGGCUAUUGACACGCAUGUGAAAUAUUUACAUUAUAUCCCCCCAAAUCGUCGCUUCAAUAUAUCUUGUUUUACCAUUUCUUCUUUCUUAUCUUCUCCCAUGUAUCUCAAAUUGCAAAUAUAGGUAGCUACGUUUUACUUUUUGACCUCCCCAUGAUGGUAUAAGCAUAGUUCUCACAAAAAACUUACCACCCCGCUUUUCACUCCGUUUUCGACUCCCUCUUUUCCCCCUCCUUAUUCCUUGUUUAAUCUGCUCAUGUAUUGAACCUUGUUCUUUGGCUCAUCAGAUUUGAAAGGUUAUGUAUGUACUGCGUAUGGUUAUGGGUGGGUGGGUGGGGACUCCUUUUUUAUUAUUUCUAUUUCAAGUUUCCUGGAACAAAAUUGCUUCAAAGCAGGCCGGGGGCCGGACCGUUGAUUCUGAGAAGAGGAAUCAGAAAAUAUGGUUAUCUUAUUAACUAGCUAGCUCAGCUAGCUAGCAGCUCCCUGAUGAUCUACACACAUACAAAAAUUCGCAAAUCAAUUAAAAAUAAAACCUUGUUUUGUGUGAACAUUUGAUAUGAGAAAAAAAAAAAAAAAAAAAGAAACAGAAUCCUGUUCUUAUUCACCUCUCUAUGUGACUUACUUUCGCUAAACUCCACAGGAGGUUUGUCAAAAUCAAGGUAUAAAAUGUGGUUAGUUAGGUUAGGUUAGGUUAUAUAACUAGUUAAAUCCAACCCGUUUCAUGUUGUUGAAGUUUCAGUCAAUCUCAGUCUUGUCUUGAUUUCAGGGCCAGCAAGGGAGCUCGCGACAUUGAUUCUCCAGUCUGAUUCCGACGACACUUUUUUUGUGUCCGGAGUAAUUCGCGGGGAUUUUAAUAAUAAUGACUACGGAGUACUUCGUGGCAGUUUAAAAGGAGGCUUGGGGCGCUGGGUUUUUUUUGUUUUCUGUUGUGUUGUGUGUUUGUGUUGUUGUUACACGGCGGCAGAAAUGGAGGAACCAUGUUAUUAUUUAUCAGCGAUAAUGUCAAUGUUCAUAUAUAUAUAUAUAUGUGUGCGUGUGCGUGUGUGUGUAUGUUAUCUUGCUUUUCAUGCGCCAUAUCAGUACAGUACAGCAUGGAGUGCAUCCCCCUCAGAUCUAGAGAAGGGCAAUUGAUAUUGUUUCUUCUUGAUUUUCACAUCAUAGUUUGGUCUUGGCUGGAGGGAGGGGGGAAAUUGCCUUGCGUUCGUUGUGGUUCGUUGUGUGAGGGAUAGGCAGCAGGAAAAAAAGAUGGGAGAGUUACGGACGAGUUUUCUUUUCUGUCUAUUAUUAAAUAUUCUAUUCUUCCUGGAACCUGGAAUGGAAUAUUAAUAAUAUUAAAUGAUUCGUUUCGCGACAAAAAAAAAAAAAAAAAA